UCACUUCCGCCAGAAGAGGCUUGCGUGUCCGCGCGGUUGGCGCGAAAGUCGGUUCCGGGCCUUGCUAUUUCCGGGUUCUGCGUUUGUUUCGGGCCGGGGGCUCCGCCGGGUGCGGCGGGUGUGCGCCGGGCUGGCGCCCGACCGCAGCCACUCGCCGCCCCGAGACCCCCGGGCUCCAUCGAGUUCAAAAAUGUCCAAAAAUGACAAAGAACCGUUUUUUGUGAAGUUUUUGAAGUCUUCAGAUAAUUCCGAAUGUUUUCUUAAAGCUCUUGAGUCAAUAAAAGAGUUCCAAUCAGAAGACUAUCUUCAGAUUAUUACAGAAGAAGAAGCAUUGAAGAUAAAGGAGAAUGAUAGAUCACUUUAUAUCUGUGACCCUUUUAGUGGUGCUGUCUUUGAUCACCUCAAAAAGCUUGGCUGCAGAAUUGUUGGUCCUCAAGUAGUUAUAUUUUGUAUGCAACACCAGCGAUGUGUCCCAAGAGCUGAACAUCCAGUUUAUAAUAUGGUUAUGUCUGAUGUAACUGUAUCUUGUACAAGCCUGGAAAAAGACAAAAGGGAAGAAGUUCAUAAGUAUGUACAAAUGAUGGGUGGACGUGUAUACAGAGACCUUAAUAUAUCAGUAACUCACCUCAUUGCUGGAGAAGUUGGUAGCAAAAAGUAUUUAGUUGCUGCAAACCUAAAGAAACCUAUUUUGCUUCCUUCUUGGAUAAAAACACUUUGGGAGAAGUCACAAGAGAGAAAAAUAGCUAGAUAUACUGAUAUAGACAUGAAAGAUUUCAAGUGUCCUAUUUUUCUUGGUUGCAUAAUCUGUGUGACUGGCUUGUGUGGCUCAGACAGGAAGUCAGUUCAGCAACUCACAGUUAAGCAUGGAGGUCAAUACAUGGGACAACUGAAAAUGAAUGAAUGUACGCAUCUCAUUGUGCAAGAACCAAAAGGUAAGACUGUAUUUUCCAAAUGGACAAAUGCAAAAAUUUCUCUAGUGUUUCACAUUUUAAGAUCUUAUAGCUUUUGCUUCUGCCGCAUCAUAAAUCUAGUGCCAUGUCGUACUCUUUCAGAUGUCAGCCAUAUUUCCAACAUCACUGCAAGUUGCAUAAAUGAAUCAAUAUGUAAUUCAGUUCUUAAUAGCAAAGUGGAACCUACACUUGAAAAUCUAGAAAAUCUGGAUGUCAGUGCAUUUCAAGCACCUGAAGAUUUAUUAGAUGGUUGUCGGGUAUGUCUUUAUUAUUUAAUAAUUGCAAUAGUGACAGUAAACAUCAAAGCUAAAGUAUGUGUUAGAAAACAUUUCCUUUUCUUUUCAGUUGAAGCUGCGAAGUCUGAAGUUGGGACCUCUAAUGAUACUACUCGUGUUGAGCCCUUUAAUGAUUCUACUCAUAUUUCUCUGCAAGAAGAAAACCAGUCUUCUGCCAGUCAUUGCCUCCCUGAUGCUUCCACAAUUACUGAAGAAGGUUUAUUUAGCCAAAAGAGUUUCCUUGUUUUGGGUUUUAGUGAUGAAAAUGAAUCUAACAUUGCCAGUAUCAUAAGAGAAAGUGCUGGAAAAAUCGUGUCCCUUCAAAGCAGAAUUGUUGCUGAUUAUGCUGUGGUUCCUCUGCUGGGGUGUGAAGUAGAAGCGACUGUGGGAGAAGUUGUUACAAAUACGUGGCUGGUAACUUGUAUAGACUAUCAGACUUUGAUUGAUCCGAAGUCAAAUCCUCUCUUCACACCAGUCCCAGUAAUGGCAGGAAUGACUCCUUUAGUGGAUUGUGUUAUUUCAUUCAGCCAGUGUGUGGGAGCAGAAAAAGAUUCAUUGACAUUCUUAGCAAAACAUCUUGGAGCAAGCGUUCAAGAAUUCUUUGUUCGCAAAUCCAAUGCAAAGAAAGGCAUGUUUGCCAGUACACAUCUUGUAUUGAAAGAACCAGGUGGUUCUAAAUAUGAAGCUGCCAAGAAGUGGAAUUUACCGGCAGUCACUAUAGCUUGGCUGAUGGAGACUGCUAGAAUGGGAAAGAGAGCAAAUGAAAGCCAUUUUCUGAUUGAAAAUUCACCUAAAGAAGAGGAGAGUUUGGAAACUAAAAUCACAAAUGGGGUGAAUCCGAAAUCAGAUACCCCAAGUCGUCCUGCCUCCCGCCUGGAAACUCACAGGAAAACAGCUGUUACACCUUUAGAUAUGAACUGCUUUCAGAGUAAAGCUUUCCACGCGGUGAUUGCCCAGCACACUGGGCAGGUCUCAGUCCCCCCAGCAGGAGGACAGCUGGUCCAGAAGGAGCCCUCAUUACACCUGGAUACACCAUCAAAAUUUCUGUCCAAGGACAAACUCUUCAAGCCUUCCUUUGAUGUGAAGGAUGCCCUGGCAGCCUUGGAAACUCCAGGAGGUCCCAUCCAAAAGAAAAGGAAAUUGAGUACACCACUCUCCGAAGUCAUUGUCAGAAAUUUGAAACUUGCUUUGGCCAAUAGCUCCCGGGAUGCUGUCGCUCUUUCUGCCAGCCCUCAACUGAAGGAUGCUCAAUCAGAGAAGGUAGAAUUAGAUCACUCAUUAAAAGGGAGAUGGUGGAGCUUUGAUGAAACAGUGACUCAUUUCAUCUAUCAUGGGCGACAGAAUGACACUAAUCGAGAGUAUAAAUCUGUAAAAGAGAGAGGAGUGCACAUUGUUUCAGAGCACUGGCUUUUAGAAUGUGCCCAAGAGUACAAACAUCUUCCUGAAUCUCUUUAUCCACAUACUUACAAUCCCAAAAUGAGCUUGGAUAUCAGUGCAGUACAAGAUGGCAGACUCUGUAAUAGUCGACUGCUCUCAGCUGAUGAGACAAAGGAUAAUAAGCCAUAUCAUUUGCUUAUAGAAGAAAAUGAUAUAGAUAAUACGACCACCAGUAAUAAAGAAUUAACAACAUCAAAUGGAAAUGGAAUGAAGGACUCUAAAGGAGUUCUGACACAGACUUUGGAGAUGAGAGAGAAUUUCCAAAAGCAGCUGCAGGAGAUAAUGUCUGCAACAUCAAUAGUGAAACCCCAAGGACAGAGAACUUCCCUUUCAAGAAGUAGUUGUAACAGUGCUUCUUCGACCCCUGACAGCACUCGUUCUGCCCGAAGUGGGCGAAGUAGAGUCCUAGAGGCCCUGAGGCAGUCUCGUCACACAGUACCUGAUAUCAACACAGAGCCCUCCCAAAUUGAACAGAUCAUUUGGGAUGACCCUACAGCCAGGGAGGAGAGAGCAAGGCUUGCCAGCAAUUUGCAGUGGCCUACUUGUCCCACACAAUACUCUGAACUUCAGGUUGACUAUAAAAAAUUGGAGGAUUCUCCUUUCCAGGAGCCUUUACAUGAUGCAAAAAUUGCUGAACAGGCUGUCUGUGAUCCUGGGAACACAUGUGUGACUGAAGCCCCAAAACACCUGGUCUCUGAAGAACUGGAAACUCCAUUAAAAGACAGCCACCUGAUCCCCACGCCGCAAGCCCCCAGUAUUGCCUUCCCCUUAGCCAAACCACCUGUGGCUCCACAGCCUAGAGAAGAGAUUAUAACAAUAGAGGAGACUCAUGAAGACUUAAAAAAACAAUAUGUAUUUCAGUUGUCAUCUUUGAAUCCUCAAGAACGUAUUGAUUAUUGUCAUCUGAUUGAAAAACUAGGUGGGGUAGUGAUAGAGAAGCAGUGCUUUGAUCCCAGCUGCACACACAUUGUUGUGGGACAUCCCCUUCGAAAUGAGAAGUAUUUAGCCUCGGUGGCAGCCGGGAAGUGGGUGCUUCAUCGCUCCUAUCUCGAAGCCUGCAGGACUGCUGGGUGCUUCGUGCCGGAAGAAGACUAUGAAUGGGGAAGCAGUUCCAUACUUGAUGUUUUGACUGGAAUCAGUGUACAGCAACGAAGACUAGCACUUGCAGCAAUGAGAUGGAGAAAAAAAAUCCAGCAAAGACAAGAAUCGGGCAUUGUUGAGGGAGCAUUUAGCGGGUGGAAGGUUAUCCUACAUGUUGAUCAGUCCCGAGAAGCAGGAUUCAAACGCCUUCUUCAGUCAGGAGGAGCAAAGGUGCUACCUGGUCAUUCUGUGCCUUUAUUUAAAGAAGCCACACAUCUCUUUUCUGACUUGAAUAAACUGAAACCAGAUGACUCAGGAGUUAAUAUAGCAGAAGCUGCUGCCCAGAAUGUGUACUGCUUGAAAACAGAAUACAUUGCUGAUUAUCUUAUGCAGGAAACCCCUCCUCGAGUAGAAAAUUACUGUCUACCAGAAGCUGUUUCAUUUCUUCAGAAUAAUAAGGAACCUGGGCCUGGAUUAUCACAAAAGAGGAAAGCGUCUACAGAGAACAACAAAAUCAAACGAUCCAGAGUACACUGAUCAUAUCUGCCCUUCAGUAACCAAACAGUAAACGUUGUUUAAAUUGAAAGCCUGAAUAAUUACUGUGGUGGGUUUGUGUAGUAAUUUAGAGACAAGUACCUGAAGAAUUCAGCUUCAGAGUGUAAUGAUGACCCUAUUUGAAGUAAGUUUUUAACACCUGAAGUUUUAACCACUGAAAUAUUAACUGUUCCUGAAUGGAUCUUUACCUGAACUCAGCUAGCUUGUCGUUAAACCACACUGAAGUGUGUAAGGGACAUUUUAUUUAUUUUCUUGUAAAUAUCUGAGGCUGUAGCUUAGUGGAAGUUUUAUUAGCAAGGUGAUGGCUUUUGCCUUAAAAUGUCUGCUUUAAUUCAUAACAAGGAAGUUGUCAUUUGGGAUUUAUUCAUGUUUUCCCUGAUUUUUAUCUUCUCACCAUUUUAUGUCUUUUUAACAGGAGCCUGGGCACAAGGUGUAAUGAGGAACUGAGGCUUUAAACUUAAAUGUGUGUGUGGGUGUAUAUAUGUAUAUGUGUGUAGAAAUCUCCAUGAUGUUUGCCAAGUUUGGGCGCCAAACUUGGAAAAUAAAGACAAUAAAGAAUAAAAGUAGUGACUCAAAUUAGUUCUUAAGAUAAGUUUUUAAAAAGAAAAGUAUUCUGGCAUUCAUUUGCUUGUUGAAGCAAUAAAAUAUUUGUAAAACUUAGCUUAAAAAGCAAAUUGCUAGUUGUUUCUGAUGUU